AAAGCCGCAUGUUGUUUGCUUAUAAGUCGUCGCCUGCAUACACGCCGUUCUAUAAUAAUUCUUCACUGCUCGAGAAUGGCAAACACUAGUGAAACAGCUGUGAAAAACAUUGGCAAGGUUCUAAAUGAUCCUUCCAGGCCAAUGAAAGAGCGUUUUCGAGCUUUAUUUACUCUUAAAAACUUAGGUGGAGAAACCGCCAUCGAGUGCAUUAGUCAAUGUUUUGUAGACGAAUCUGUUUUACUGAAACAUGAGUUAGCUUACUGUUUAGGUCAAAUGCAAGAUGAACGAGCGAUUCCCGUGCUUCAAAAAGUCUUGGAGGACGUUAACCAGGACCCUAUAGUGCGACACGAAGCAGGUGAAGCAUUAGGUGCCAUUGGAGACCCGAAACUUCGUGAACUUCUAGAGAAAUACCAGCAUGAUCCUGCUGUGGAGGUAGCAGAGACUUGCCAAAUAGCACUGCAGAGGCUAAACUGGGUAGCCAAGGAUGAAAAAGAGAAAUUAUCAAAGAGUUUGUAUACAUCUGUGGACCCAGCCCCGCCGAGCGGCGAGAGUGAUGUGGAGAACUUGAAGAAUACACUCAUUGAUGAAAGUAAACCACUCUUUGAGAGAUACAGAGCUAUGUUCAGUUUGAGGAACUUGGGCACUACUGAGAGUAUUCAUGCUUUGGGUGAAGGUUUCAAAGCAAGCAGUGCGUUAUUCCGUCACGAGGUCGCUUUUGUCUUCGGCCAGAUGCAAGAUGAGCGCAGCGUGCCAUUCUUAAAGAAGACUCUAGAAGACACCAGUGAACAUGAGAUGGUGCGCCACGAGGCCGCCGAGGCACUCGGGUCUAUAGCCACUGAUGAAUGCACUGAAGUGCUGCAAAGGUACUUACAAGACCCUCGCCGCGUAGUCCGCGAGAGCUGUGAGGUCGCUCUCGAUAUGUCAGAGUAUGAGAACAGCCCCGAGUUCCAGUACGCCAACACGUUGCUCGCUGUCGAAGGCUGAUGUCAUAAACAACUUAUUUAUUUGAUUUAACAUCAUUAUUAUUAUUAUUUCAUUGGUCUUUCGUUUAUCUUUGUUUUUUCGUGGUCUAUUUUUUAGUGUAUGUUUAAAUUCAGUGUUUAAUUAUGCAUUUUACUUCAUUGCUUAGUAUUUUAUGAAAAUUUUCGUAUUAUUUACAAGUUUUUAUAAGGAGGAUAUGUAAUCAGAAUUUUAGUUAAUGAUUCUUUCUCUAACAUGUAAAGAAGGUUUUGCUCUGAAUCACUGUCACUUACUUAUGUGGCCUGCUAAUUUGUUGUCCGUGUAACGUAUACUUUACUUGUCAACGCUGAGUAAAUAAUACCUAAUAUGUUCAUUCUGUUGCCCGAAUUAGCUCUAGAAUUGUCUCUAGAUAACACUUUUCUCAUUAAAGGUUUUUCUUACUACAAGA